GCCGUGUUCGCUGGGCGGAAGGGUAUCGUUGGUAUGGCGACUCGCCGGGCGGGGGGUCUCGUUGGCACGGCGGCUCGCCGGACCUAUGCCAGGCAUUGUAGAGUUAACACUGUGACUAUCGAUCAGAAUUAUUUGUGAUCGAUCAAAAGCCUUAACAAUCAAUCAUCGAUAAUCGAAAAUUGAUGCCCAUCCCUAAUAAUAGCUAUGAUGUUUGGUGUUUUUGUUCAGCUGUAUUGAUAAUAAAAAAAGUAGGGGAGUGUGGUUGUUGUUAUUGAAAAAAUUGAUGGCAAAACAGGUAAUAUGGUAGACUUUCGUUGUUCAUUACACUCACCUAGAACUGUCAAGUAACGUCUGACAAAGUGUGACAUUAAUGCAGCCUGUCAGAAGGAAGAGGUGGUUGUUUUACAAUAUUGAAAUAACUAACAUAUGACCAUGGCACGAUAUAGACAUGCUGCCCAGCUCUAACUGAACCUUUCAGCUUUUGUGUUGAUUUUGUACACCGAUCAGCCAAGUGAACGACAUUGCUAAUCUUGUUACAAUGCAAUGCUCUACCGGGAUGCCUCUUGACACGCACCACCCACCCAAACACCUUUGCAGACCAAGUACACCUCCUCAUGGUAACCGUGCUCCCAGAUGGCAGGACAGUGCGCCGUGCCACACCACAAAAACUGCUCAGAAAUGGCCUGAGGAACAUGACAAAGAGCUCAAGGCAUUCCCUGGCCUCCAAAUUCUCCAGACACCAAUCUGAUCAAGCAUCGGGGGGAUGUGCAGGUAUCCCAGAGUUACCCAAGACCCAUGUCAGGGAUCCCUUAGGCCUGACUUGGCUCUAAUCUGGUGAGGCAUGGAUACAGGACUUCUGGGGGUCUUCUGUGGUGUCUCGCACCAGGGCGUUGGAGUCAUCAUGUGUGUUAUGAGGUCCUACAGAUGCUUUAACGGGUGGGUGACGUGUGUCAAGUGGCAUCCACAUGGAUGCCAGGACUCAAGGUUUCCCAACCGAACAUUGCUAGGUCACAAGAUGAUCAAUGUCGUUCACUUCACCUGUCAGUGGUUUUAAUGUUUUGGCUGAGCAGUGUAAAUAAGUAUACAACUACACAUUCUGUCAUUUUUGAUGUAGUUGCUGUCGAGCCAACGAUAUUGUCAGUACAGCAGGAAGGAGAUGAGCACCAAGAGGAAGGCAGAGGUUCACUCAAGGACAGCAAACAGACCACGCAUCAUGAAGUCUGGAGGCUCCCGCACUGACUCAGAGAGAGACUCUGGGUUCUCAGAUGCAAGCUCGGAGCACAUGAGCACCAUGGACACCACGGACUCGGAGGAUUCACCCCGCCCUGUUGUACAACAUGGACCACAGACCUCUCAGCUGGCUGUGGUGGGAGGCUCCUACUCCAGCCUCUCCCCCAUGAUCAUCAUGAACAACGUCCUUCUCAAGCAGCCUCGAGAUAAUCCUCCUGCUCUGAAGCCCUGGGGGUUCAGUCCUACAGUGGAGGUGGUUCAGCCUGUCGUUCAGCCUGUUGUCCAGCCUGUUGUCCAGCAGCCUCAGGUGGUCUUCCUUCAGCCUGUGGUCUCUCGUCAAGCUUCACCCGCCUCCAAAGAAGCCUCAUCUAGACACAGACGCCCUAAGAAGUAUCUUCCAAUCCUGAAAUCCUACCCCAAGAUCGCUCCACAUCCUGGAGACAGCUCCAGUUCUUCAGGGAGAGGAACUGGUUCCUCGUCUUCCUCCAGCACCUCCUCCUCUUCUGGGUCAGAGAAGGGUAGUAGCUUGACGUCCACCCACCGGGAACACUGUCCGAAAGAGAAGCAGCAGAAAAAUCUGUGUGGUGGUGCCAGUAACUCUGGCUCAACCACUCCCAGUCUUCCUGCUACCCCCAGCACCACGUCCCCUCUGCUCCAGAGCCGACUCUCUCUGCCCACAACAGAAACCAGGGCCAGCAGUAGUCCUGCCAGGGAGAGGCCUUCAUCAGCUGUCGGCCAGGCAGAGUUUUCCACCUCCCUGUCUGUUACUCACACCACUGGCCCUGAUCCCCGGAUGGUCAUCCAGGACAACAGCUCACUAGAACAAUAUAACCAUAGUGACAGUGAUGCUGAUACAAAGAGGAAGCGCUUCUGCAACACUUACAACAUCCUGAGCAAAUCAGGCCUGCUGGACAUUGCACUGCGCACCAAGGAGCUCCACAGGCUGAACCGACGCACCCAGGGCGACCUAGACCGGCUAAAAGAGCACACAGACCUCUUCCUUCAGGCUCUGUGUAGCGGUGACACCAGCAUCUUUGUAAAGCUGCAGGCCAGUCUUCAGGAGGAAGACGGGGAGAAAGAGAGGGAGAGAGCUGCUCAGACCAGCUUAAAGGCAGAUUAGACCUAGUCUAGUGCUGGGCACUAAUCCUUUAGACUGAGAUGGGGAAAGGCAGACCAGGGUCGGGGGGGCUGGACUGUAUAGAGACAGAUGGACCGAGAGUAAUGUGCUCCACAAUACACACCCACUCUCAGACUCUCUCACACAGUGAGCUGUGGCCUACAUUUUGGCUGCAGGCUGCCUCAGGGCCCUGACACACCAAGCUGACCUCGAAGAAUUAGUGCAGAUGAAGACUUUUUGUUGCCUCACGUCCUGCACUUGAACUCAUCAUAAGACUGCAGCUGGUGGCCAGUUGACUCCCAGUGUGCACACGUUUUGUGUUUAUGUGAGAAGUCAUAUUUUAGUCAGCAGUCUGUGUUUAUAAUUCAGGAACAUCAUGGAAAGAGAAGCAAAGUAGACUAGACUACCUUAAGUGCUGUAUCGUAGGUAACUGGACAUUUCCCCUCUCAUCUAAGAGGCUUCUUCUGUUCUGCCAAGCAAGUCCAGUUGCCUACGAUGUAACAGUCAAGAUUAUCAUGACCUGGAUGACUGAGAAUCUUUACCAACAAACUAAAUUACCAUUUUUGCCACAGAAUUUGUAAAUAUAGCUCAGAAUCCAGUGUGCUCAGAUUGUGAACUGAGAAUAUGGGUUUACCACCUUAAAAAAGUUUCAGUGGACACUUUGCUUUGCUGCACCUUGACGUUGUCGGCUAGCAGUCUGUAGUAGUGCUGUCCUGAAUGCCAUUUUUGGGCCUUCAAAGCUUCUGUUAUAAUUACCUGCGAAUAUUCAAAGCUUCUAUAUCAUGCAACAGGUCCUGGGGGCGUAUUUAUAUAUGCUAAUCAACCACCCGAACCCAACCCAGCCUUGUAAGGACAUAGUGCUGCUGUGUGUGGGAGAGGUAGAGAGGGUGGAAGGUGGACUAUUGCACGCAGUGUUUCUUUAAGUUAUUAAUAACUUGAACACUGUGGGUCAGGCUGCAUCACUAAAUGAAAAGCAGGUGCUUUACUGCAGUUGUCAGCCACAGAUAAACAUUCACAAUUCAUCUCACCUUUUCUUUGUCCUUACUGGUGAAAAAACAAAACAAAGCAUGCAAGUACUGAUUUAGACGUUUAUUACCACACCAAGUGAAGCUUUGAAGCAUUCAGGUCAGCCCUCAGUCUUUAGCUUGUGGGAAAAGAACAGAAGUGAAAAAUUGGAAGAAACCCCAUUAAAUCAGCAAAAUCACAGAUUUGCAAGGUCACUGAGACCUCUCGCUAAUUGCCUCUGUCACUGAUUCAACAAGCUUAAUCAUCCAGACAGCCGCAGAUAAGGUCGACUGGCGCCAUCAGUGAAGGACACAUGCGCGAUGGUCGGCCACACAUUCUAAGCGCUGCCUGGUCACCAGCUGUCGGCUCGGUGUGUUGGGGACCUACAGUCGAACGGGGCCGUAGCCACAACUCACUGUUGUGCCAUACUGAGCCUGACGACAUCUUUUCCUCUGAAGCUGCCUCUCUGCUGCACAGAAAUCUUCUGCUCAUUGGCAAUCAAGACCCUGAGAGAUUUGGAUCCAACGCAUGAAGCAGUGGAUGAAUACCAAGCUCUUUUGAAAUGCACAGUACAAGCUCCGAAUCAGAGAGCUUGAUUAAAACCCCAAGACUGGACCUGUAAACUUUACCAGUGCAUGACAAGGUGUUCUCAUGUAAAACUGAAAAACAUCAGCGUACUACUCGUCCUGAAAACAGAAUGUUUCACUACAUUAACUGAAUAAGGUUGACGUUUCUGUCGUUUGCAUCAUUCAUGGUAGUCCUCUCAUCUAUGCUCCACUGAUACUGACGUGUUGCUCACCAGACAUCCAGCUAACAGUCAAAGAGUGUACAUAAUCUAAAUUAUUUCACGCAGCAGCUACAAUUGUGUAAAAUCGACGAUUACGAUGACGGGCGUACGGGAAUGAUCUCGUGACGUUGAAUGUUGUCCAGGGCUGCCUGCCAGUCAGCAUCUUUAAAUAGACAAACGUGCCUCAAGUGUCUUUCAGUUCCUGCUGCGUUUUAAACUUGAUGUGGAAGAUCUGGCAUGUUGACUGUUUCAAGUUUAGCAUUCCCAUCAUGUUGAUGGCAGCUGUAAUACAAAGUGGCUAGAAGUGAAGCUCUUAGGCAUUUAGAUGCUUCCUGAUAACAUCCCACUGUAGAGGGUGCUUCCUAUAGUGCAACCAUAUUUAUCAGUAACUUUUGUAUGAGCUCUGCCAUUUGUUACAUGUGUGUUUUUUAUAUACUCAUGGAUGUAAUUUAACGUGGCAAUAUUGUCUAACUUAAGUGCAGACUUUGUUUUUGUUGAGGAUUUGUCUGUUUUCGCCUGUAUGACAUAUUCAUUUUGUGAACCACUAAGACAACCAUGGAGUGAUGGAGACCAGCUCAAGUUUGGGCCUCCUGAGUUUAAAGAAACAAUUGCGUUGUCCAAAUUAGGAACAGCUGUGGAGCUUUGUGAUGCUUGACAUGAACUUUUUGUAUGUUUGUAAUUAAAUUAUGGCCUUAAUAUCCAAACCCAGUGUAUGUCACAGAACUUUGCAUUUGCACUAAAAUAAUUUCGGCAGCUACGGUAGCACCUUUGAGGCAGACUGCGAGUCUUUUUAAAUUACUUGAAGUGCAUUGAGAGGCAUCGUAAGCACACUACCAGUGUAUACAUACUAUUCCUAUAGGACAGCCAUGCAUAACACUUAUUUUUUAUUUUAAUUACGAGCAGUUUCGCAUGUUUUUUCAUAUUCUGUCUUUAACUGUGUAAACAUAUUUGAUGUGAUCAUUCAAACUUUUGUCAACCAAUUCCUUCUCAAUCAGAUGCAAAAACCGCACUAUGUUCUUGGAAUUUAUGUCAAUAUUGUUCCAUCUUAAAGGUCCAGUGUGCAGGAUUUAGGGGGGAUACAUUGACAUGAAUAAAAUAUAAUAAGUAUUAGAGCUGGGCAGUAUGAAGAUAUUAUAUCGUUAUCGAGAUAUGAGACUAUAUAUAUCGUCCUAGAUUUUGGAUAUCAUCAUGAUAUGGCAUCAUUUGUGGGGGUUUUCCCCCUCGUACUAAAGGCUCAAUUACAGUAAAGUGAUGAAAAUCUAUCAACUUACCAGACUUUUUAUGUGUAUUAACACUUGCCUUAACCCACGUAGUUGUUAUAUCCACAUUAUUGAUAAUUAUUGAUCACAAAUCAAAUUGUUUUAAUAUUUUCUGAGGAUGCUUUUUGUGCAUCAGAGAGGGUAUUUGGUCAGAAAUACUGAAAUAUUGUAAUGUUUGAUUUCGUCACUGUUCCAGCAUUAAUGAAGUGCUUUUAGGAUGUUUAAAAAUAUCAAGAUAUAUAUAUUGUGUAUCGCGAUAUAGCCUGAAAAUACCGGGAUAUAAUUGUCAGGACAUAUCGCCCAGCCCUAAUAAGUACGCUUUCUUUAGUGUAUAAUAACUGGUAAAUAAGAGUCAUUGUGUUUUUGUUACCAUAGAAUUUGCCGUUUAUAUCUACACGGGGAGCCGGUCCUUGUCUAUAGAGUCUGCCAUGUUGCAGCGUGCAUUGACAUUUCUGUAUCAGUCGCCAUAGUCGGCAGCCCCUCUGUGACAAGCUGGACUGCAGUGGAAGAACAGAUUUUCACCAGUUAAAAUCCUCCGGUCUGUUUGUUUUGGAGAGGAAGAGACCUUUACGGACGAUUGGGCUCCAGGUUAAAAUCCUCCUAAACGGCUGGAUCUUAAACUAUCAGAGAAAUAAGGUGAGCACACAUUAGCAGGUGCCACUCAUUUGAAACCUUAAACUGCCUUAUUAAGUGUUUUUACUGGUUUUAAUCACCUGAUCCGUUUCUUUUCGAGAGGAGGAGACACCUGUGGAUAAUUUGACUCCCACUUAAAAAUAUCCUGAACAAUGAAUACUGGAGGAAUUCUAACCAGGAGCUAAUGUUUGGCACAUGGGAGAGGUUUUAUCUGGCUGCUGCUAGAUGCCACUAAAUCCUACACACUGCUCCUUAAAAGGUCCACAAUCUGAUGAUCUGCUGAAAUUAGAUCUUGUCCUGAUACUGGAACAGAAAUAUCAAACGUCAGUGGAGUUUUGGCUGAAAAUAGCACAACAACACCAGUCGUGACUUUCUUCCGUAGGAGGGUUCCUUCUUUGCUGCCAUCAGCUGUUACCAUAGCACAUGAAUUCAUUAGAGAGCGGCUGCCAUCAGCUCACUGUAAAGCUGGGCUCAGUUUACGGGACUGAACUGUAUCAAACCAUAAGUCUGUGUUUCUAUAUGCUCCACGCUGUGUCAUGGUUGUUAUUGCUGUCGUUGUGACAUCAUGUUAUGUGAGCGCAGUUUUUUUUAGGUUCAACUUUAUAACCCAGGCGUUAACUGACGAGGAGUAAAGACUAGUUUUGCUUGUACAGUCAGACACUUGUAAUUUUACAACACUGUAAAGUGUGUGAGUUUUUAUCUAAAUGUCGGCCUCAUUUCAUUUUAAAGAUGCUGAAAAUGUUUGUGAAAGGAUUUUGAUUGUUUAAUGAAAAUGUUUCACUUGAAAUGGACAAAAUAAUUAUCACCCCAGAUAAUUACUGGGGUUAUUUUUAUGUGAAACAGCAAGUGUGGUGGAAACACUUCAGUGGAAUUAGGCAGAUUGGAUGUAUUCGCUGGCAAUCGUUUUUCAAUUCUAAAAAUAUAAAUGUAAUGGGACUUAACCAAAACAUCUGUUUCAUGCUUUGCAGUUUGGGACUUGUCAUAAAUAAUAAUGCUUCAGUAUCAAUCAAAGAACAGUAAAAUAUGAUGAAGAGGUUUUGCUGUAACAUGCUUUAGGGUUAUUUUUGUACAUUUACAUUAGAGGCUCAUCGCUGGUGUAAUAAAUGUCAUUCCAAAGAAACAA